CUGAGUGUGUUUAUACAUGAGCGUGUGCGGGAAAGAGAAAGCAACACGGCGUGAGUGUGUGCCUGUGACAAACAACCUCACACACUCAUAGCUCAGCAGAAGAGGAAGAGACACCAACAAAGCUGCAGACUAACACAUUAUAAUGGUCCUUGGUGUUGUGGAUCUUGAAGUGCUGGGAUUAUUUAAUCACUUGAUUUUAUAACAAAAGGCAGAGACUGAAGGUCAUGGAUCAUAACCAGUCACUGCACAACACCUCCCUACACUCUGAUUUGCCAGGCAGAUCAGUGGAGUACAGUGAUGCAGAACUGGUGCUGCUGGGUGUUGCAAUGGCUAUUCUGGUACUGGCAAUAGUAUUUGGUAACGUUCUGGUGAUCACGGCCCUCUUGCGCUUCCAGCGGCUCCAGACAGUCACCAACCUCUUCAUCGCUUCACUAGCUCUCGCUGACCUCAUCAUGGGUUUGAUCGUGGUCCCGUUUGGCUCCAGCUACAUCCUCCUGGGAGCCUGGCAGUUUGGAAACUUCAUGUGUGAGUUCUGGACAGCCACUGAUGUUCUGUGUGUGACGGCCAGCAUUGAAACCCUGUGUGUGAUCGCUUUGGACCGCUACCUCGCCAUCACAUCACCUCUUCGCUACCCAACCAUACUCACCAGGGGUCGAGCCUUUGCAGUGGUCCUUGGGGUUUGGGUCGUGGCCUCCCUCAUCUCUUUCCUGCCCAUCCAUCUGAAACUGUGGGUGUCAGAUGAUGAGAAAGCUCGACAGUGCUUGGCUGAUGAGUACUGCUGCGACUUCAACACCAACGUGGCGUACGCGGUGUCUUCCUCCAUCGUGUCGUUCUACCUGCCGCUGGUGGUGAUGAUCUUCUUGUACAGCCGGGUCUUUCAGGAGGCUCAGAAACAGCUAGAAAAGAUCAGAGGGAGGGAGAGACACUUUAAUCACCUACAAUACACAGCACAGCUGACUCAUGUGGAUGAUAAGGCCGCCAUGAGUAAACUGAAGGCAGGAGCUGAGGUGGGGGAGGAAGCGGGGGAGGAUAGCUUUAACAUGGAGAAAACAGGAGGUAUGGACACCAGUAAGGGGAAAGUGGAGGGGAAACACUCUGCAACAAAGCGACAUAAGUUUUCUCUCAGGGAGCAUAAGGCUGUGAAAACUCUAGGGAUCAUUAUGGGAACCUUCACACUGUGCUGGCUACCUUUCUUCAUCCUCAACAUCCUUGUGACCUUCCUUAAACUGGGUGAUAUGAAGCUGCUCUUCAGACUCCUCAACUGGCUGGGAUACUCCAACUCAGCCUUCAACCCACUCAUCUACUGCCGCAGCCCCGACUUCAGACACGCCUUUCAGGAGAUACUCUGUCUGAGGGGGAAAGGGGGGAGACUAUGGAGGUGGUGCAGGAAGAGGGAGUGUUACACUAAGGCUCUGUGUAGGGCGAAUGGAACCUCAGCUCUGAACGGUGUAGGCAGGGCAGAUGUUCAGCAGAGACCCACGUGGAAAGGCUGUUUAGAGAACUCUAUUCCAGACAGCAAGAUGCUGACUGGGACUUCUCUGUCUUCUAGCUGUGAGCAGGUUUUGGAAGUAGCUCCUGGUUCACUGACAAACUGGCAGGCUAACAGCCUGGCAAAGGAAAGCUGUCAGGAAAACCUGGCUUCCAGUGCUUGACCAGUACAAAUGUUACACUUAAGUUUGUGAGUACAAUGCCAAGAAGUAAACAGAAGAUUGAUGCUGGUCCAAAUGUCUGCUUUAGGUCAAAAAUGAUCCAACUUUCUGGUCUGUGAGGCUGUAGCUUGUACAAUUCAUGUUACUGUUAAUCUUCGUCCAGAGCUCUUAACAGCAAUGUAAAUCUCAAAUGCAGCCACACAAGAUUACCACAGAAUAGCUCCAAAGUAACGCCCCAUUUGAACUUAUAAUUGCAUCAUUACAGCAUCUUUGUCCAAAUAAUGCUGCAGAGUAAGGCUGACAAGUUAAAUGCCAUGUGAAUUUUAUUCAAGUUUAGAAAUAAACAGCAUUUGAAUAAAUUACAAUCAAACUACAGUAACAAAAAACUUUGUGUACAAAGUGAAUCCAAACAGCAGCUUGAUUGUAACUUGCUCCUAAUAAACAGGGCGAAGGUAGUUCUGCAGGGAUGGGAACAUGGAAAUGACUUGGCAUGUUUGCACUUUUAGUUCCUGUUUCUUCAAGGGUUUUUUUUUUUCUUUCAAAAGGGGGGUUGGUUUCCUGCCUAAAACAACGUCUCUGGUAACACAAGCUAGAGAGAUUUCCAAACUUUCAAGCCAUGAUAUGAAAUAAUCAUCAAUAAAUUUGAUGAGAAUUUUGCAUUCAAUCCCUUUACUUUAUAAUCUUAACUCUAAGAUGCUUUAAAAGAGAUUGUUACACUCAGGCUGUACAUGACCACAAAUAGCAGCAUGCAUAAAUAAUAAUAAAGAUAAAAUAUAUAUUGUAUCAGCUUUAAUCAAGAUCAAACCUGAUCUUUGAUAUCAAACAUUAAUAGGUUUUCGGGGAAGUGCAAAACCCUGAUGUACUGAAAAAAAAGAGGCUAGUUGGACCAACUUCAAGCAUUUCUUCAAGUUGUGACGCACAAUUCAAUGAAGUUUUCCUUCAGAAAACAUGUUUUUUGUUUGUUUGUGUUUCACUGCAAUGGCUGGGGAAUGAAAAUUUUAAAUUUUAAUGGGUUUCAGUGGGGUAUUUCUGCUCACCAACACCCUGAGUGUAAACAAAAAGCUUACAGAGCUUAUUAUUGACCCAUUACAGGUUGUGAUAGUAAAACUUAACAAUUGUAUUGAAAAAACCCUACCCUCCAAAAUAUAUGUUAUUAGCAUCAACACAGUUCAAAAUAAUCAGAAAAACACAACAUUAUGAGAAAAAAAAGCCACAAAAUGGCCUAAACAACCUCUAUGGGUUAUAAAAACAUUCCUUAAACCUAGUUGAAUGCAAGAGGUUGUUGAGGGGCAUUAAAAGUCAUCAUAUCCCAAACACUAUAGCUGAAGCUAAACUGUGGUGUUUCCUAUGCAGUAACCGGGCGAUUCAGACUGGCAGCAUGUUUUGCAACUUGAAUCUGCUGAAUGUGCAACAAGCACCAUAACAGCUUUCAUACCAGGCACGAGUUUGCUGCGUGUUGACUUUGUCUCCCUACUGUCUAAGCCCUGCUAUUCUUCCUAAGUUCUACCUCAGUUAAUCUCCCUAUAAUGAACUGAUUCUGUGUAUAGAGGGACCCUUCCAGGAGCUUUUCAAAAUAAAAGCAUUAUGUACAAACGAAAGGCGUUUCUCCAAAGAAAUGCUAAAGUAGGCUUUUACUUUAAAAAGCACAAACCGGAAGUGUUUUUGUAAUGUGUUUAUCUUUACCUGCAACAUUUUGUUUGAUGUGGAAACAGAAAGUUUCAUAAAUAGUGGAUGUUUGGGGAACAGCUGAAUUAAACAGACACAUUUUAGCUCAUGAACUUCAUCAGGGUCAUCAAGAAUUAGAUUUCAAACAUAUUCUUCCAAUGUGGAUGUACAUAUUUGCUACAAGAAGAUAAAUAUGGCUCUGUAUUUAUCACUGUCCUUUCUAUUUUCACCGAUAACCACUCGUGGUGCCCAGAAAAAAUAGAAGAGACCUAAAAUCUCAAAAAUCUCUGUGCUUGACACGUGCUGCGUCUCUACAGCGUAUGAAAUGCAGCCCUCACACUGGCUGCCAGUCUGAAACAGCUGGUUAAAGCAUAGGAACAGUGAGAAGCGCUAUGACGUCAUACUACCAGUGUGGACUAAAACAUGGCGGCCUCCUGAUAAAUUCAUUAUCUCAAAUUUUCUCAAAAUGCAGAUAUCUAGGAAAUCUAGUGAGUUUUUUAUUUUAAUAUAAAUAUGAGAGAUACAAAUAUCUAUCCAAUAAGGGGAACUUGUCUGAUCAUGCAGGGUUCCUUUUAAGACUGAAAAGAUUAAGGCACUUGGUCCACUAAGGACAUUUUAGAGCUUCCAGUACCUGAUUUGAAAACAAAACCAGCAUCGACUGGUGGAUGAGAAACCAACCUAACUUGCCUUUUUGAGUUCAAAUUACUUGUGUUAGAGCUGUUACUAAUGCCAGUUUAGAAUUUCUAUACAUUCUUUAGAUGUUUUCUCAGUGAAUUAAAGCACAUAUCACUGGCAUCGUGCCAAAACACCAUCUCCAAACUCACCACUUUUCAGGGAGUGGAAAAAAAUGGCUGUAUUUUUCAAAUAAUUCACCACUGAAUAGUCAUAAUCAGCAUGUCACUUUUUUGUUUUACAUUUUGUUAAAACCCACAGACAGAAAAUAAGGUGACUAAUAGCACUGAUUUAUCAUAAAAAUCAAAAUAAUGAAAUGGAGAUAAAAGAUUUUGGCCCAAUGCCAGUGAUCAGGGAGCAAUCUGAAACAGACCUUACGGUCACUUUAUAGUGGAGCGGAACUGCAAUGAGCUGAACUUUGUUACUUGGCAACAGAAAGUGCUGGUGAAAAGGUCGAUGAGAAGGUUGAAUUCAGCUUGUGUUGCUGCCUGUGCUCAAAGACCAUUAGUGGACAAAGGCCCAAGAGCUGCAUUCACAUGGAUUCAGGGAAGGUGUUAGAUGGCAAACAGAUGCCAGCUCCUCUGCAUCAAGUCAAAACAGAAAGAAGGACCCCACAAAGAAAAAAACCAUUGGGCUAAAAAUUUACAAUUAAGUCCUGUCCUCUUUCUUGUAAUUCAUGUAGCUCAUAAAUGUUGCACAUAAUGAUAUCUUUUCAAUAUCUGUCCAAAAGGCAAGCUCAUUCAGUCUCUUAUUCCCAACAUUGAUUUUAAAAACUGAACUGCACUGUGUAUCCCUUCUUCUCAUGUGUUUUAAAGAGAGUGUUUUUGUACCUCAACAAGUGGCUAAAUGUCCUAACAGGUCCUUUUACCCUUUCACUGAGGAAGGAAUUAAGAAUUUGUUGUAAUUUCUGUUUGCCUGAUGACAAAAUGUUUUACUAAUUCUUCUCUGUUCAAAAGGCUGUGUAUCGUUACUGUUGGAUAGUCUCUCUUUAGGCCUUACUUUUCAAAGAGUCCAGCUCUCGGCAACUAACCAGAACUACUGCCAGGCAAUUCUAGGCCAAUGUGACCUAGCUAACUAUUGGUAGUGGUUUUAUAAAAGUCUCUUUAAAAUUAAAUUUCUAGAAAAAUACAAAAAAGACUUAAAUUUAAGGCAUUGGUGCAAAGUUGGAAGACAACCCUCAGAAUAUUCUGGAAUAUAUUAAUGUCACAAGCAAGAGACCAUAAGGCCCAUUGGCCUUGACUUUUGACCUCUGACCUACAAAACUAAUCAGUUCAUUGUUGAGGCUGAGUGGACUUAUUUUUUUUAUUUUGUUUUGAUAAUCUUUCUCUGUGUUAUUUAGAUAUUGUGUUCACAGUAAAAGACCCUGAGGCAAAAUGAACUUGACUUUUGACCUAAAAAAUCUGAUCAUAAAGCUGAGAAGUGAUUUUUUGAAAGCUUGAAGAAAAUCCCUCUAAGGAUUUUUGAGAUAUCAUGUUCAAAAUCAUAGGUUGAAAUUGGGGUGAAUGACCUUGACGUUUGACCAUCAAAAUUGUAGCCUUUAAUCCUUGGGGAAGACUUGACAUUAGUGCUGAGUUUAAAGGAAAUCCAUUGAAGCUCUCUUAAGAUGGUAGGGAUGUACGGAUGGAAAACCCAACAACAUAAUGACUUCCGCAUCACUUAAACAUGUAAAACUGAGUUCACUUAUAUGUAGCACAGAAACAUUGUUGAAGCAUUUAAGGAGUGCUUGAUGAAAAAUUAUUAACUACGCAUUUUAAAAUCUUCCUUUGUUGAUCUUGCUCUGUUGAGAACAUUAAGACAAUUUGUUGACAACAAUAUUCAAACACGUCAUCUGGAGUGCAUGUAGUGAAUAUGUAGCAGUGUUAGCACAAAAAGACUUUGUGCAGAGUAUUACAAUGUUUGUGUGCUUUGAACAGACCCUGACUGAUCAGUCUAGAUGAUUAAGAUUCACAAGUUUUAAUGUUCCUCUCCUUCUUCUAAAAUAGCAACCUUCUGAAGACUCUGUGGGUUGCUGUUUUGCCAAGGUUUAUGUAACAGGGACAUCAGGAUAACGUCUAUGAAAAAUUGAUUUCUGCAGCGAAGUAAUGAAGUCCAUUGACUGCAGUUGUUGCAUAAGAAAUGCUGUCUCAAACUUUCAGACAACAGUACGCAAAGAUACAAAGCUGAGGCAGGCUUUUAGCCUUCUAAUGAACAGUUUCAACAUGCCACCUGACAGCCACACCCCUAACUCUGCAUAACUUUUACCUUAAUUCCAUCAGUAUGAUAGAGUUAUACAAAAAUUGACUCCCUGUACAGUGUGCGCCUGUAAAGACAAACUAUUUGGACCAGUCAAAAGUUGCAUUUAGCAUGAGUGUAUACGGGCCGAUGCUGUUGUGAGCUCCACACUUGUGCACUGAUGUGUCCAUGUGGUUCCUGAAAUACAGUAGAUUAUUCCACAGUUAAAAGAGAGGAGGCAUCAGAGGAGAUGGAAAAUAAGGCUGCUUUUUCCACUCAAUUAUUCGAUAAUUGUAUCAUCGUCUGCAGCUGUUUAUCUGACGGCAGAGUCCACAAAAUUUGCCUGUGGACAUCUCAAAGACUUGCAGUUCUACCUAGCUGACUAAUCAUAGGGCAUGCAGGAGGUGCAAGUCAGUGAGGCCAGUUCAGACCAAAAACCCAUAGAGUGAUGAUACCCUUAUAGAACAUUUCUGGCACAUUUCUGGCAUUUCAGUCACAGCUGUCUGAACUGAGCCAUCGCAGCUCAGAUCAAGCCAUCUGAUGGUGUUGGACUGUGGCAGACAGUGUUUCAACUUCUCAUGUCACAAAUCUCCAGUCAAAACUGGGCUUUAUGUACAAACGCCUCUCUGCAGGUUAAGGGCAAUGCAAACCUAUAACAUAUGCUAUGCUUUUUAACUCAACAUAGACGUAAAGUAGGCUACUGUGCAGAACUUAAAGGCAUGUUUGGUCCAAAACUUGAAGCUAAAGUAAGGCUUAGAUAUGGCGAGUAAGUUGCCUGAGGGCACCAUUGGGCAGGAAGGAAGAUUGACACAACCCCAGUUGUGCUCUGAGAUGUCCUUGGAUAUUUCCAGGGCCAUGGGAAAAUAAUUUGUUAAAAAAAUACCAAAGUUCACAUCAUUAGGGCGGAGUCAGGGGUGUAUGUAACAAGUAAACACAACCUAGGGUACCACCCAGGUGGGUAGCAUGGUAGCCAUGAGCCCCUGUUUUACCUGGGGUGAAAAGGCCGGGGGAAAAGUGAUGCCAUCGAGCUUGACAUCGGCUGCUGAGUGACAUGUGUCGACAUGCGACAAGCUUGACUCUGGUCACCCUGCCACCUCUCUCUAGCCACACAUCCAAUGACACAUCUGCCUGUGAUGUAUCCUUAAUGGCCUUCAUGCCUAAAACUAAAGCACAUGACAGGAUAAAUCAGACUUAAGGCUCGCCUACCUCUAACAUUAAAGAAAGUAGAAAUAGAAAAAAUAACAGAAAUUCUAAAUGGAAUAAAAAUAUAUACUGAAAGUUUUUUUAUGUUAAAGGGCAAGUCCUUCACUGUAAGAGACAGAUGGAGGAAAAAGAUGUUUUCAAGGCAAACUAAAGCCUUAUAUGCCCAGAAACAAAUAGGUGCCAUUUGAAAUAAAAAGGAACAAUCUUCAUUUUCUUUAAGAACCAUCAGGACAGAGAGAACUUGAAGGCCCUUAGCAGCCAAUUUGUAGUAUUAAUAAACUUGUCUGCCAGCAAAAAGCAAUGUCCGCCAGUAUAAACCACCAUGAAUGUAGGGAUUAAUCAUUUUCUUUUUCCUCUCACUUUAGUCUUAUUUGCAACAGAGUGUCUUAUUUCAGGCUCACUUAUUAUAACCUCACUAGAACAACAGAUUGCCUGUUUUCCAUUUGUUCUUGAUAAACCUCAACCUCUGGUCCAAAAAUCAUUUACUGAUGUAUAUUUGUACAUCAGAUAAAGGCAAACUUGUGACUAUAAUAACUGCUUUUCAUCUCCAUCUCAGUGCUUUCUUUUAUUGCUUAUUCACCAGAAACUAUUUUUCCUCUAAGAAUACCAGCUGCUAUCUUUUUCCUUUUUCAUGUGUGCUUCAGCAAUUACAAGGACUGUUAUUACAUGCAAAACAGAGCUGCAGAGAACACUGUCAUGUUUCUAUUACACUGUCCAUAAUGCCAUGUGAAAUAAAAUGCGUUUAGGUUAUUGGGCCAUUAUGAUAAAUCUGGCCAAAAGACCAGUGAACCAAUAAAGAGAAAAAAUCAAGUUUGUCUGCUCAGCUUUGACAUUGAAUGUACAGAUAUUAAGUUAUUUUGAUGUAUAUAAAUAGUGAACGAUGUUGUACAUAGGAUCUAAUCUGUGUGUCUGACAGCAUGUAGUGUAUUUGCUCCUUGUAUGUUGUACAGUUUGACAUUUACUGGGAUGUGAUAGUUGGAAAAAAUGUGUUUUGCCUUUCAAACUCCACAUGUUGUUUUUGUUCUCAGAAGAGAACAAAUGCUUCAGGUUGUUUUACUGAUCAUUUUUCAUGGUGAUACAUGUGAAUAUUGAAUCAAAGAGUUCAAAAAGCACUGACGUGAUGGUGUCUGAAUUCAGAGUAAGGUUUACUAUUGUUAACUUUAUCUGAAACUUGAUUAAAAGUUUGUUUUAUGAAGUAUAAAACACAUUUCAAAGCAGAGUUACAAUUUACUUUCUACCUCCAUCGGUCUCAUAAAUGUCAACUCAUCUCUGUAAACAUUUAUUCUGAAGACAAUGUACAUUUCUGAGUAAAAGAGUAAUCUGAAGUUUCACAGAAUCCUGAAACUUGUUUUGUUUGUAUGUGGGUGUGCGUGUGGGAAAAACUUCAACAUACUUUGAUGGAUAAAAAUGCUAAACUGAAUUACAUUUUUUACUUAUCUAACAGGGACAGCUUCAUUCCUGCUGUUUCUGACAGAUCAGUCAAGACAACUAGUUCAUGUCAAAAUGCUUUAUUACCUCUGCCAAGGAGGUUAUGUGAUCGGGUGGGUUUAGUUGUUCGUUUGUUAGUUCGUUUGUUAGUUUGUUA